UUUCUUCCCUGCAAUAAUCUCUCUCUCUCUCUCUCUCUCUCUCUCCUUUGAAACAGACACUCGGAAGCAGAGAUAAAUACAGAAGAUCUUCUGUCGAUUUUGUUUUUGAGUUCUUUCGGGAAUUUAUUCGGACAAUGUCGGCAAAGGCAGGCCAGGAGGACCCUCGCAUCGAUGGAAUCAAAACUAAGAUCCGCGUCGUCCCUCAUUUUCCCAAGAAAGGAAUAAUGUUCCAAGACAUAACAACGCUUCUGUUGGAUCCGAAAGCCUUCAAAGACACUAUCGAUCUGUUUGUUGAGAGGUAUAGAGACAGGAACAUCUCAGUUGUUGCAGGAAUAGAGGCUCGUGGAUUCAUAUUCGGUCCACCGAUCGCAUUAGCCAUCGGAGCCAAGUUCGUACCCCUGAGGAAACCCAAGAAAUUGCCCGGAGAAACAAUAUUCGAAGAGUACGAGUUGGAGUACGGAAGGGACAGGCUGGAGAUGCAUGUCGGAGCGGUGGAAUCCGGCGAUACGGCUUUGGUCGUCGACGAUCUCAUAGCCACCGGCGGCACUCUCUGCGCCGCCAUGAACUUGCUCGAACGCGUUGGAGCACAAGUGGUGGAAUGUGCAUGUGUGAUAGAAUUACCUGAAUUGAAGGGUCGACAACGAUUGAAGGGAAAGCCAUUGUGUGUGCUCGUGGAAUACCGAUGAUCAUUUUUCCGGUACGAUUUGUAAAUUAGAGAAUCAAUGGAGAGAUCGAAGAAGUGAGUCUUUCUAUUUCAGUCAUCGGUUAUCGGUUCAGUUACAUCCGGUUUUAAUCUUUUAUUUCAAUCAUCGGUUAUCGUUUUGGUUAUAUCCGGUUUAAUUUUGAUUCGAACCAAAAGGGAAAUUGUAAUUUCCGGGCAAAAAAGUAUGUUCAUAUCUCUAUUUCUUUAAAUGAAACGACUUGUAAAAAUAAAAAGAAUGCUCAAAACUACACUUUUCUU